AGGACACCCGCUGGUCGAACCCAGAUUUGGACCCCGUGCCGAAAGAACAGAGGACCUGGAGGAUGAGAGACCUAACGUUUUACUGGAUGUCGGAUGCACUCGCUGGAGGCAGCUGGAGCACUGGAGCCUCCCUUAUCACUCUCGGCUUCACCGCGCUUCACCGCACGUACCGCCAUUCCGAUCGCAUUCUGCUCCUACUUCUUGGUAUCCCUUCCCUCAGCGCUCACUGGCCGCAUCGGGACCUUCACGCACACCCCUUUCCCUGUCAACAUCCGUGCAUCCUUCGGUCCCUGGGGAAGCGUCGUCCCUAUUCUUGCCCGCAUGAUCAUCGGCCUUAUUUGGAUGUUCGUCCAGACGUACCUGGGUGGUACUUAUGUUACAAUUCUACUCUCGGGCAUCUGGCCUAGCUACAACAAAAUCCCCAAUACACUUCCUGCGAGCGCUGGAAUCGAGUCGAAAGAACUCCUUUCGGUCUUCAUCUUUUGGUGCAUCCAGAGCCCACUUGUCAUCAUGCCCGUCCGUAAACUUAGAUAUUUGUUUUUGGUGAAAGGAAUCAUCGUACCGAUCUGCUACUUUGGUGUCUUUAUCUGGGCAAUGAUCGCCACGAAAGGAGGUGACACGCCAUACAUUCGUGGCCGGUCAACCGGGUCGGGAUGGGCAGUUCUUCAAGCGAUCAAUGCUCUUGCCGGAGGUGCCUCCGCCGUCGAGACGAACGCCGCCGACUUUAGCAGGUAUAUGAAGCACGGUAGCGGCGACUUCUGGCAAAUCUUGUGGAUUCCCAUCACAAACACCCUCCCCAUCGUGGUGGCCACCCUUGCGACCGGCGCGGCUCAAGCCAAGUACGGCGUGUACGAAUGGAAUGCAGCGGAUCUCUUUUUACUCUGGGACAAUCGUGCGGCCCAGGUCUUUUGUUCUGCGGCAUUCAUUCUCUCCAACAUCGGCAUCAAUAUCAGUGCCAACGCCGUGGCUUUCUCGAACGACAUGACCUCCCUAUGCCCGCGGUACUUUAACAAUUUUAGAUCUUCGGCACUCUGCGCGAUUCUGUUCUUUGCCGCGUGUCCGUGGUUGAUCGUUCAAAACGCUCCGGCAUUGCUCAACUUCCUCGGCUCUUAUGCAUGUUUUCUUUCCGGUGUCGCAGCGAUCAUGAUCACCGACUUCUACCUCGUCCGACGAGGCCGCAUUGACAUGCGCGAAUACUACAAUUUCCCCGGCGGCAUCUAUUGGUACUGGUUCGGUUUCAACUGGAGGGCCAUUGCAGCCUGGGUCAUUUCUUUUGCCCCCAAUCUCCCAGGGCUAAUUCACGGGGUCAACGCCGACAUUCCCAACGUCCAACCUUAUACGUACUACUUUAGCUGGCUGUUUGGAACCGUCGUCUCUGUCGCCGUGUACUUGCUCAUCAACCAUUUCUUCCCUCCAAAGGCGUCACUCAUCGAUUACACAUUAUACGAAGAUGAUUUGGUUGUCAGCGAAAAUCACGAUGUGGAAGCCUUGGAGGAAAUUUCUACCACCGAGAAACAUGGAGAGGAGACGAUUAUUCCGGUCAUUGUCAGUAAAUAAAGACUGAGAAGAAGGGGGAAAUGGAAUGAUUUUGCCAAUGAGUGUGACUCUGAGAACCCGAGGAAAAUAUCUCAGAGGGUGUCAUAGUAUCAAAGCUUUGAAUGAGCUUGGUAUGUUUCUCCUC